AAUGCCUUCAAGUGUCAACAAAUCCACAUGCUUUCUAAGAAAAAGUGUUUUCUGCGAAUAUUAUUAUUAUUAUUCUUUAAUUACACUAGCAUCUGCUUAACUAAUUACUUAUGAAGACUUUACAUAGAUCUAGAUGUUUAAUUUUAUAUAAAUCUCCAUGCUUCAAUUAACUUCAUGCUUCAGUGAUUGUGAUUUGUAGCUAAAAGCGGAAAUUACCGAUUUGUAAUACUAAUAUUACCAAAAUUUGGUCCAAAUUAAUAUCAUCAUCAUCUUCCAUGAUCUGAGCCAUUCUCAUUCAUGAUGAUCAUCAUCAUGAUCAUGUUCUUAAAUUCUCUCAAGUCUUAUAUCAUGCACAACACAUAGCUUAGUUUUGAAAAGUAUGCUAAGCUAUUAUUCAGCAGUUUUGCAGAAUCUUAAAGUAACUUUAAACAAUUUCAAGUGUAGGCCUAGAAAAUCUGUAUUUACAUUUUAUAUAGAAAGUGAGUUAGGAAAAAGAAAUUUAUCAAAAAUGUCAUUGCCAGUUUCUAAUGAUGCCAAUGAGGACUUUGGUUAUGAGGAAGCUGUUAAGGCUCUUUUAGAUUUACAGUCUAACGCUGAAGUGAUAGCAAAGAUUAGGCAGUCACGGGACCAGAAGAAACACCUUAAUGUUCCAAACAUGAAGAAAUAUAUUCUGCGUUCUGGACUGACAAUGGAGCAGGCAGAUAGUUUGUCUGUAAUUCAUGUCAGUGGAACAAAGGGGAAAGGCUCUACCUGUGCUUUUUGCGAAAGGAUUUUGAACUGCCAGGGCUUUAAGACUGGACUGUUCACCUCUCCGCAUUUGAUUGAAGUGCGGGAGAGAAUUAGGUUGAACGGGCUACCCAUAAGCAAGGAGAUGUUUAGCAAAUACUUUUGGAAAGUUCAUAGCAGACUUAAAGCUACUCAGACAGAGGAUGUUGAUGGUGGCAGAAUGCCAGCUUAUUUUGCCUUCCUGACCGUUCUGUCCUUGAAUGUUUUCAUAUCAGAACAUGUGGAUGUUGCUGUUAUGGAAGUGGGCAUUGGGGGUCAGUAUGACAGCACAAACUUCUUCAGCAGUCCAGCAGUUUGUGGUGUGACCUCCCUUGGAUUAGAUCACACAUCUGUCCUUGGCAAUACUCUUGAAGAGAUAGCCUGGAACAAGGCUGGUAUUUUUAAGACUAGCUGCCCUGCGAUCACAGUUCCUCAGGAUCCGAGAGCUAUAAAAGUCUUGAUAGAAAGAUCUGUAGAGAUACAGAAUCCACUCUACAUAGCUGAGCCAGUGUCGCAAGAGUUAUUAGACAGUCAUCAUGUCAUUCUGGGAAUCUCUGGGCAUAAACAAGCAGAGAAUGCAUCUCUAGCCAUACAGCUGUACAGGUUUUGGAGACAGUCUCAUACAGAUGGAUCAAGUAAUACUAGAUUACCAGUGAUCAAUCCCCCAGAUGAAAUUCCAAUACUUACAGUAGACUUGCUGGAUGUGGCUACUAUAAAAGGUCUGUCAUCUUGUAACUGGCCAGGACGGACGCAGACCUUGAGGAGGGAGCACGUCACUUAUUACUUAGAUGGAGCUCAUACUCUUGAAAGUAUUCAGGUAUGUGCCACUUGGUUUAAGGCUGCAGCAGAUAAAGAGAGACAACUCCAUAGAGAAAAUGUUGCCCGAAUUCUCAUUUUUAAUUCAACUGGUGAUAGAGAUGUCAAGCCGUUUCUAAGUAUCUUAAAGGCUUGCGAGUUUGAUGGGGCUAUGUUUUGUACCAAUAUAUCUUCAACCAAUGACGCUUUGAUCAAAACUGAUCAAAUUAAUCGAACAGUUACAGCUAACGCCAUGGUACAACGUGCAGAGGAGAACAGAACUAGCUGGGACUCAGUUUCUUGUUGCGAUCUCGGACAUCCUCUAACAAGGCAACAACAGGCAGAGGUUAUCAGUGAUCAUUUAGACCAUAAUUUCAACAACGCAGCUGAGGUUCCUUGUAACACUGGAGGUAUUAACCCUAUUUUAAAAGAAGGCUGCAUUAAGGGCAUUGGUCAUCAUCAGAACUGCCUAAAAAAUCAUUCUUUAGGACCAAUAGUAGGUGCUAUCCACCCAAGAGAGAUAAAACGUGUUUCACACUUUGCUCCCACCAUAUUAGAAGCUCUGGGAUGGGCCAGUCAAUGUCGUGACCCAAUCGUCAGUGAAAGUUUGGAUAGGAGUAGCCUUCCUGACAUAGCCCCGUUUUUAAAAGAAAAAAGUCAUAUACAGAUUUUGGUAACAGGUAGCCUCCACUUGGUUGGUGGUGUUUUAGGCAUUAUCUGCCCUGACCUGAAUGAUAGUUAAUGAAUUAUAGAGUUGAUGUCUAGGAAGAAACUUAUUUAAAAGGUAUAAAGAGGAAAGAAGAACAAUCUUUUAUUCCUGUUCAGCCUAAGGCAUAAAAAGAUAUGUAUAAAAAUGAGAGUUUAUAAAAUGGUUGCCAUACUUUUGUAUUACCUGCUUUAUAGAAUAUUGUCAUGGGGGUUUUGUUUGUUUUAAACUAUGUGCACUUACUGUCACUGAUUUCUGUGUUCAAAAUUAUCUGCAGUGUAAGUCAUUAGGAUCAUUUGACAAUCCUUAAGUCAUUUUUUUUUUAGUGAACAUUUUAUUGAAUGAAAUUUCUCAAUGCUGUAUUUCUUUCAUAACAUAGUUAUAAAUGUAUUUGUUCAUUAAUCAAUGUGUUCAUUGUUUCUGGAAUAGACCAUUCACUAGAAGUUACUCAAUAUUUCAACUAUUAAAUGAAACUUCUCCUCACUAGCCCCCUAUUACUUAAGUGAGUGAAAUGAUCUUGACGAUAGCCUUCAUAAACAGUUAUAUUAUUCAUAAUGAAUAUGUCAACCUUAGUUGAGUUUAAUUGCAAUUAAAAUACUUUUAUGUAUUAUAAUUUUUUCAUAUUUUUUUUACCAUUUUUAAACUGAACUGAUAUUUUGCUUUAUCUAGUUGCUUGGAGAGUUGCCAUGUGCUACCUCUGAGUAUAGUUUUGACUAUAGUCUUUUUUAAUUUGAAAUACUUGACUUUGUUUUGCCUUCCUCAUGCUGGUAUUUGAAUGUUUCCCAAACACGGUGUCACUUGGCUUAAGGGUGUUUUAAAGUCAAUUACAGUGCUUAUCAUUGAAUUUGUUUUAUUAGCUCAAGUUGUAUAAUGGUAGAAUGCUGAGGGGAAUUGGUACUUCACAGCAAGCCAAAUAAAUUUGAAUGCAUAUAUUAAAUAAAAUAAGUAUAUAAACUGGUAUGUAUAGAUAGAUAGAUAUAUAUAUAGAGAGAGAGAAAGGCUUGAUGAAAUGGUAGGAACAAUAGGUAUUACUUCCUGCCUAUGUCAUGCAAUGACAAAUAUUGUUUUAAUUACCUAUUAUGUUUGUAGUUUCUGUUAUAUGGUUUACAAUUGUCCUACGGUGUGAUGUAUAUUUUGAUUAAGGACCAGGUGUUCAUGUUUAUAUUGCAUUGUCAAUGUUAGUGGGGGGUUUUUUCACUCUUACACUUAAAGAAAAAAAUACUGCAACUUUUAAAUUAUUUAGAUUUCAGACACAUGUAUGAUUUACUUUUAACCAAUUUAAAUGUUUCUUGCAAUCAUACACUUUAAGUAAUUUAAAUGUGCCAAAGGACUUAUGAAUCAUAAAGUGACCUCCCUUACUCCCUGUAGGUCUUUCUAAAAAUAUUUUUUUUUUGUCCUCUUUUAUCACUGAAAUUAGAAAUAUUGAUAGUUGCUUUUGAAAGUAGUUUCUAUUUAACCAAUGAGGUUUUUUUUGUAACUCUCUUUAAAAUGUGGGGGUGGGGGGUUUAAGCGUGUUUGAUAAGUUAUGGUCUUGAUUACCUUCACCAACAGAUGCUAGAUAUGCUGAUUUCUCAUAAUAGACCAACAGAACUUGGUUUUAUUAAUUUUUUAUCCCAUAAAACACCAACAAAACCUAGAUAUGCUGAUUUUUCCAAAUACGCCAACAAAACUGAUCACUUUUUCACUUUCUUUUGUCAUGUUGAUCUUAUUAUUGGUUAACAUUUUGAUCCUUUAGUCUCAUAAAAAAACUACAUACCUAUUGCUUCUAAGGCUAUGUAGCUCAUGAGGACUUUUUGUAUUGGUUAUAUAAAUCUUUCUGUGCAUUCUGUUGAAAACUUUCUGCUAUUAUUGAUAAAGUGUCUUGGGUUACUGACUUUGUUUUGGUUGAAGUGACAAACUUUCAGAGCCUACAUUUAUACUAGAGAUUGAAUUGGGUUGUUGUUUUUUCUCACUUGUUUCAAAAGUUUUACAUUGAUCAGAGUUUGCCCGGUGGAACAAAAAAAAUUCUGAAAUGUUUUUACAACUUUUUGUUUUAUUUUCAUAUACAUUCCAACUAUCUCAACUGCUUGACUUUUUUAUUUUCUUAGAAAUUUUUCAGACAUCAUGGGAAAUUUUUAGGACAUGGCAAAUUUAACUGACUCCACGGUGAGUGAGCUUUUUACCUAACCCAAAGUAGAUUAAUUUACUGGAGUUCUAAGCCUGUUUAUAGACUAUCUUGAAAAAUGGUGAAACCAGACUGGGAUUUAUAACACUGGUGUAUUACUUUGUGCACUAUUGUAUUUAAACAAUGAAAGCUAGCCUUAUUGUAGGGUACAAAGCCAAAUUUAUAAUUUGAAACUAGUGGUCCAACUUUAGCGGUCUACAUUUUUACUGCUGUUUUGAGGUGUAGUUUAAAGAUGGUACAAUUAAGGCUUCAACCUUGAAGGAGUUUUUUUUUUUGAAGAUGUGUUAACAAAAUGGCACUUUUAAAUAUAGGGGUGUGAUGGCUGAGUGGUUAAGCACUUGGUUACUAAAUGGAUGGAUCUCAGGUUUGAUUCUCAGUGAAGGCUUGGUUUUAUUUUAACUUUAUGAUUUUUAGGAUGCUUCUGAGUUCACUCAACUUGAUCAAGUAAAGGUCACUGUGCUGGCCAUAUGACAUGCUUGUUAACAGUCAGCCAGACAAACAGAUGAUCUUUAAUACAUCUUCUCCUCUAAAGAAGGUGAGGUCUGAAAGGGGUGCUUUAUUUGACUUGACUUUAAAAUUUGGUUUUGAAAUGAGUUAUUUCUUAAAAGCAGUUCUGUGACUUUUGUUCUCAUUUUCAUUAGUCUCCCUUUGUUCAUUCUGUUAUGUUUUUGUUGUCAGUUGUUGCACUUGUUCCUUUGUUAUCUGGGAACAUUACUUAUCAGAGUGAAGCAAGGUCCUGCUGGCUUUUGAAAAUCUGCUUAUGUUUGUAAAUACAUGUCUUUUCAAUCCUUUUUUUAAAGGCUUUUAUAGAAGAUAUUCUAGGCCAGUAGACAUAAGUUGAAAGUUUGGGUGAUUUUAGUGUACAGGUGUUUGUUUGGGAGAGGAGGUAGUUUCAGCUUUUCUUCUUUAGGAACAUUCCCAACAUUCUAAAGCUUGGAGGAUCAAAUAAAGAAUAAUAUAAGUUGUUUUUUUUUCAUGUUCCUUAGGUUUGAAUCUGUUGUGCUUUUUGAGAAUUGUGUAAAUAUUUUUAUUUUGCUAACUGGUGUUUGGGUUUGCAGCACCUCAUUUUCCUACAAUGUACUUUUUUGUGUUGUUGUUGGAAUAGCAUUUAUUUUCUGUUUCUUUUAUUUUGUCCUGGCAUUCAGUUUUGUUUCUUUUAACAGUAUUCCAGGGAUGACAAUGGGGGAGGGGGGAUUGAUGUUUGUAUUUUUUUUAAUCACCUUUCCCAAACAAUUCUUCAUGUCUAUGUCAAAUCUGUUUGACUGAAUUACUCUAACUGUUGUGUGAUUUUUAAAAGAAUGACCAAAUGUCCAAGAAGUUGUUUUUUUUUACAGAUCUGACCUAAUGCUUUCAUUAUUAUUAUUAUUUCUGUAACCCCUGUCCCCAUCUCCACUUGACCAGCCACACACCUGACAGUAUCAUAUGAAAACUGCUUCUAGACAGGUUAAAUAAAUUAAACACAUUUCUGCCUGGUAGUAUGGUAUGCGCUCAGGGCUGUCAUUCAAUGGUCCCGGGUUUGAACACUGCCAUCUCACAUGGGACUACUUGAGUUUUGGUCUAGGAUGCAUUUAUCAUCAAACGUAAAGGAACAUCCGAGACAUGUCAAACUAACAAGCCCAGUGUUUUGAAAGCUAUUUCUCAUUUAAGCUCUACAAUAAGUUUUACUUAUCAAUUGAUUGCGAUCUAAUGUUGCAUGUACUCGAAAUUGUUCACUCAGGUUUUUUUAAUCAGAUUUUUAGAAAGUUUUUUGGGUUUUUUUUUUUGCCAUUUCCACAUUGGGUGUCUUCAUAUGUGUAAUAAACAGAUUUCAUGCCCUUUGGCUUUCGGUGUCUUGGUUUGUGGGCCAAAUUUGUGCUCAGUGAAGCAUGACUUUGCUGUUACUUUUUGUACCUAAUGAUAUUUAAGAUGAAGUCAUGGACGAAUUGAUGAAAUGAAAACUAUUCACUACACUAUUAACCUUAGUAACACGUAUUCUUUUAUAAAGUGAUUUUUUUUAAAACGAAAUUGUAAAUAAAAUCAAUACACUGUUA